AUGUUCGAUCUAAUACUUGUCGACUUACAACUGCUGGUGGUAUGUAUCAGGCUAUAUAUAAGCUUGGAAUCAUCCAAUGCGACCGCGGCGAUGGUGACUACAAUGACCACUGCUAUCACAACACAGAUAUCUGUCAAGGCUAUCACCAAUACACACACGCCAAGUUCUAGUAACUUGAGACCGGAACAUACCUCCCGCAAUGUUCAGUAA